AUGGAGCGCUCGAAGAAGCCCACUGCCAUCCCCGUAGCCUCCUCCAUCCCAGGGCCCAGCGUGUCCGUCCUCGAGAAUCGGGUUGAAGCAUCGCUUGCUUCGGGGGAAUCAGUUACCGUCAACCUCUUCGGGGCUACCGUGACGUCGUGGAAGCUCGCAGACGGCUCACAGCAGCUCUUCCUCAGCGAGAGUGCACAUCUAGACGGCUCCAAGCCCAUCCGGGGAGGAAUCCCUCUUGUCUUCCCGGUGUUUGGCCCUCCUCCGAAGGAACAUGCGACUUCUUCCCUCCCUCAGCAUGGGUUCGCCAGAAACGCCUACUGGGAGUUCCUAGGCAAAUCCACGUCCGAAUCCGAAGGUGAUGCCAGCGUCAAGCUUGAUUUCGGCCUGUCAAAGGGCAUGCUCAGUGAUAAGUUCCAGAAGGACUGGCCGUUCGACUUUGGACUGGUGUAUAGCGUCACCUUGAGUCCCCGGAGCCUGACCACCUCGCUGCAGGUCCAGAACAAGGGGACCGCAUCAUUCGAGUUCCAGUCUCUCCUGCACACCUAUUUCAGAGUAGAGGAUAUAUCAAAGAUACGCAUUGCCGGCCUUAAGUCGAGAUCAUAUGUUGACAAGGUCCGUGGAGCAUCUACGUUCACCGAAGAGUCUGAUGCCGUUGGCAUCUCCUCCGAAGUAGACCGUGUCUACCAGUCCCUCGACCCAACUGCACCGGUGGCCGUGACUUCUGCGGACAAGCCCAUCUUCUCGAUCACCCGGGCAUCGUUGAGUGACAUGGUUGUCUGGAACCCAUGGAUCGAAAAGGCCAAGGGCAUGGCCGACUUCUCUCCUGACGAAGCAUACAAGAACAUGGUGUGCGUCGAGGCAGGAUCCGUGUCUGGAUGGCAGACACUGGAGCCCGGCGACAUGUGGGAAGGAGAGCAGACUAUUCGAUGCCGAUUGUGA